AACAAAUGUACAUAACAAAUAUGGAUGACAUGACAAUAUGCACAAACCUACCAAAUAUUGUAUCAUCAUUCAUAGACACAUUCGUUGACUUCACGGUCUCCAGUAUCUUUCUGCCCGACCCACCAUCUCCGCCCUUCACCCAAACAACUUACCUGGCCCCAGCCCGUCUAGUUGCAGUGGGUGAUCUCCAUGGCGACUUAGACAAGGCCAAACAAGCUCUUAAUCUUGCAGGCCUGAUAGACGCUAAUGACAACUGGUCGGGUGGGUCAUCGACACUAGUACAAGUUGGGGAUGGACUUGAUCGUGGUGGCGAGGAACUCAAAAUUCUUUACUUGUUUGAAAAACUUAAACGACAAGCGGUUAAGAUAGGUGGUAAUGUGAUCACCAUGAAUGGGAAUCAUGAAAUUAUGAAUCUUGAUGGGAAUUUUUAUUGUACUCUCCCAUCUGGAUUGGAUGAGUUUCAACAUUGGGCUGAUUGGUUUUGUAUAGGUAACAACAUGAAACGAUUAUGCAAAGGGUUAGAAAAUCCAACUGAUUUAUACAAGGGAAUUCCUUUGAGUUUUCCAGGUGUUAAACAAGAAUAUGUGAAUGGAUUUAGAGCUAGAAUAGCUGCAUUGAGACCUCGAGGUCCUAUAGCAACUAGAUUCUUGUCAAAGAACUUAACUGUGCUUGUUGUUGGUGAAUCAGUAUUUGUUCAUGGUGGGAUUUUACCUCAUCAUGUUGCUUAUGGUUUGGAACAGAUUAAUAACAACGUAAGAGAUUGGAUUAUGGGUUUGAAAGAUAAUGUAUCUGCAGAUUUAGUUAGAUCUAGGGGCUCGGUUGUUUCGUUGAGAAAGUAUUCUACUAAAGUGCCUGAAGAUUGCGAUUGUAGCAUGCUUGAACAUGCACUUGCAACGAUUCCUGGUGCAAGAAGGCUGAUCAUGGGGCAUACUAUUCAAAAGGGUGGUAUAAAUGGGGCUUGUGAUAAUAGAGCCAUAAGGAUUGAUGUGGGUAUGUCGAAAGGGUGCAUUAACGGGCUGCCUGAGGUUCUAGAGAUUACAGAGAAUUCUAAUUUGCGAAUCUUGACAUCAAAAGCAGCUGAUCAGCUAAAAAGGCAUGAUUUUGUAAUCCCUGAGAAGCAUGGAACUCAAGAAGUGCAAGUUGAGGCUUAGUACUUUUUUUUGGUACUACUAUUGAAUUUGAAUCAAGAUGAAAAUAUUACUUUGCAGAAAUAAACACAGU